AUGGCCGCUCCUUUAGCUGCUGCUCUCGGUCCAAUUGGUGGUCUUGCAGUAUGUGCCUGCUGCUUGAUUAUUAUUGCUAUUUGGGGUCUCUUUGCCACAACAAUCGCCUUGGCUGUUUAUACAAGAAGAUGGGCAGACGCAAUUAGACAGGCCAACGGCUUAAAUGGUGGAGUUGAACAAUUGAUUUUUAGUCAAGCUCUACUUAUAGGAAUUCUAUGCGUAUAUGGCUUUCUUGGCCUUCGACGAGCAUUGCGCUCUGCUAAUUAA